CGGGCAUAGGAGAAGAGCUCGGCCGGAUCGGAGGGGUCUUUGACCCCCGCUGUCGGUGUGCGGCGUGCCGGUGGAGGGACGGCGUGUGUACCUGGGCCGUUGCGGCGGCACACCGGCCGCGCGGUGCACCAGUACGGGAUUACAGAGGAUCGAGCGCGAUGGCGAUGGCUGCGUCUGGGACUUGGUGCCGUUUCUUACGCCGUUUCCGCCGAUGAGGGGUCGCGUGGCCGUGCGUCGCGACGCGGUGAGUGCGCGCCGUUCCAACCACCUGUGAUGGAUGUGUUCAAGAUAGACCAGUCGUUGGGCGGGAGUGUGGGCAGGGCGCUGUCGCCGUCGCCCUCGCCCGACAAGGAGGUCUCCGUCUCCUUCGACGCCGGCUCCGAGUUCAAUCUGUGCUUCUUCGACGCCGCCCCGGAGGACAGCGCGCAGGGAUUCAGCGAUCCCGGAUCGGUCGGCUCGACGUCGGCUAGCUCGCCGCCGCCGCCGCCGCUGUCGCUACAGCCGCCACUCCCGCAGCCGCAGUCGCAGCAUCACGCGACGCUUCACGUGCCGCUGCCGGGGACGAGCACCCCCGCCAACAAUCCGGGACUGCUGUCGCCUCCUGCGACUAAUAAUUCUUCCGCGAUUCAUGUCAAACAAGAACAACAUUAUGUGGCGGCCGAUUCGAACAGUUCGUCGACAACAAAAUCGUUUGUCCCUUGCAAGGUUUGUGGGGACAAAGCCUCAGGUUACCAUUAUGGAGUAACUUCUUGCGAGGGAUGUAAGGGUUUCUUUAGGAGAAGCAUACAAAAACAAAUAGAGUAUAGAUGUUUAAGAGAUGGAAAAUGUCUAGUUAUAAGGCUGAACCGGAAUCGAUGUCAGUAUUGUCGAUUUAAAAAAUGUCUCGCCGUUGGAAUGUCAAGAGACUCCGUACGGUAUGGCAGAGUGCCGAAACGGUCACGAGAACGGAGCACGGAGGAACCCGUGUCGAGGGUGACGACGUCGGACGCUGACCAGAGCGACGCCGAAUCAAAACAGCUGGCAGUUUACGACGUCAUCCUGACCGUGUCCCAAGCCCACCACGCCAACUGUCCCUACACCGAGGAAAACACUCGCAACUUGGUGCGGAAACCGAUCGUGUUGCCGCCGAGCAGUCCGCAAGGGAGCGAGGUGGCCACCUCGACGGCGGAGUCUUUGGAAACCGAACGAUGCUGGUUGUGGCAACAGUUCGCGGCGAACAUCACGCCCAGCGUGCAGAGGGUGGUGGAGUUCGCGAAACGCGUCCCCGGUUUCUGCGAACUGUGCCAGGACGAUCAACUGAUAUUGAUAAAGAUCGGAUUUUUUGAAAUUUGGCUGACGCACGUCGCGCGACUCGUUUCCGCGACGUCCCUGAUGUUCGACGACGGGUCCGCCGUCACGCGACACCAAAUCGAGACCAUGUACGACGUCGAUUUUACGACGUCUUUGGUGCAUUUCGCUAACACCUUCAACGCUCUGUCGUUGAACGACACAGAAGUGGGCUUGUUUUCGGCGGUGGUGCUUCUAACGGCGGAUCGGCCCGGAAUUACGGACGUUAAAUCUAUCGAGCAUCACCAGGACAAACUAAUCGAAGCUUUAAAAGUGCAAGUUGGCAGAAAUCAUGCAAACGAGCCGCAAAUCUUCUCAUCCCUUCUAAUAAAACUACCGGAAUUGAGGAAUUUGGGCGCCAAACACUCCGCCCAUCUCGACUGGUUCAGGAUGAACUGGACGAAGUUGACGUUGCCGCCGCUAUUCGCCGAAAUUUUCGACAUUCCGAAAUCGGACGACGCUUUGCAGUGAUCGAAUUCGAAUACGUCGUGUUUUUCCUACAAACCAAUUGUGAUUGCCAUAGAAAAAUAAAAAUUAAAACAGGGAAACCGUUCGACGAUAAACAGCACCGAUUUGUUUCUAGCAAUAAUAUUAUCUGUGAAUUCAAAAUAAAAACGGAGGAAAGUAACUGAUGAAUUGUGUACGUUUAUUGUUGAACAUUUCGAAAAACUGUUUGGUGUUGAAUGCCUCAACUUGCUCAAAAAAAACUGCACCGAAAGGCUGAAACAUGAAAAAAUAAAAUGGAAUUACAUCAAUCAUAGAAUGACAGGGUCUUCAGCUUUUUCAAGUAGUGAUCGUUUUUAACUAUAGUAAUAUAAGUUUGUGAAAAUUAUCUAUGUAUAAUAUUAAUUGUGAAAUCUCCAUUAUUUUGUAUAUAUUGUUGCGUAUUAUUUUUUUCUUUUAUUAAAAUUUUGGUGUGGACUUGAAUUUCUUGUUCUCAUAACCAUUUUACACUGAAAAGUCACAUUAAAACAGACACAUAUCAGAAUACUCAGAGCUUUAAGUUGGUUCGUUUAAAAUAAGAAUAUGAAAUAUGUAAAGAGGGGAAGAGUUUUUGUGUGGAAAGUGGUUGUGACGAUACAUAAGAAAAACCUCGGGUAUUAUAAUAAUUAAUGUUAGUCAUGUAAUUAAAUAAACUAAUGUCGAUAAAAGUAGAAGUCACCUACUGUGCUUGAAAAUCUAAAAAGUGACGUAACAAUCAUAUCGCGUGGAAUAUCACUAACCCUAGAACAACGGUACAUGAGAAAUAAUUUAGGGUGUUGUUAUUUAUAUAUCUUAGAGUACAAAGUAAUUCUUAUCUAUUAUUAUCUUAUUAUUAUAGUUAUUACUAUUAUUAUCAUUCUUAGUGCUACAGAUUUUCGUUCUGGAAUAACAAAUUGAAAUAAAAAUAAUUAAUAUUGUGUGGAUGAAACUGUGAUGCUAUUUCUCCUUGUACAGCAAUUUUUCUUGCGACUUUUCAAUUGUUUAAAUGUAACGAAAGCAAAUAAUUGAAUUUAAUAUCGUACAUAUCUAUAAUUUAAUUUUUUACACGUGACGACUGAAGGUACUGAUGGUACUUAAACGUGCAGGUUAGUGAAACGGACUAUUUAUGUACAUAAAUGGGAGGCUAUAUAAAUAUAUAUAUAUAUAUAUAUUUAAAAUGCGAAUUAGACAUUAAACUGACACAAAAGACAAGUUAAAUGUACCUAAUUUUUAAUCUGUUGUAUAUAUUUAUACAUUUUUUAUUAUUUUAUUGUUAGACUAUACAAAUCGUAGAUCAAACUAUAAACUAACACGAUUCACUCUUGUAAAUAAAAGCAGCUCUCUAUACUCGAUUCAUACUCAAUAUGUUUAAUGUGUAACUCAACUAAAACGUGGUUUAGUUUAUAGUUUGAUUUUACAAAAAUAUUUUAUUAUUAUUAAUUAUUUAUAUAUGUGUUUUUAUGCAUUUCCACUGCCUUAAAAUCAAUUCAUUCGAUCAUAAUUAUUUAUUCGCAAUCAAUAAGAAUUGGGUGUCUGAAUGCAUAAUUCACGCGUUGGUCGCAUUUUUUUUUUUUUUUCAUGUAUGCGCUGCUCAUACUGUAAAAGAACCUUUUACCUAUUAAAUAAAUGUUGAAAUCGUUGUUAUAUAUAAAUCUUGUUUAUUCUAUUAAAGUUUAUCUUGUAAGGUAUUUUGUUUUUACGCAUUUUGAAUCUUUUAUUUUAGUAUUGUCUAUUUUAGGAGUUUUUUUCAUGUUAUUUUUAUGGCUAUUUUUGAUGUGAAUAAUUUUAAGGAUUUUUUGUUAUUAUACAUUUGUUUAAUUUAAUUUUAAAUUGUAUAUUAUACAAAUACAUUCGAUUUUUUCCU